GUAACAAGCAUGCUUUUCAAAUGGACAUACCAUUAACAAAAAAAUAUUUUGAGGCCUGAUCUUGAGGCCAAAGAUAUUUUCAUGGAUAUAGUGUGAGAAACUGUCCAUGUAAAUAUACAUACGGUGAAACAGAGAAUCUGAUUAAACUUAGCAUGUGCUAUCAUAUAGCUGGUGGAACCGAAGGCGUAUUGAUCUAGAUAUUGGAAUUACCAAUAAAAAUGGAAUUCAAUAUUACAGUGUCUUGUGACCCAGAAGUGGGAUCCCAGGGAAGCUGAUGCCCGUGGGUCCAGUUACAGUCUGUCAGGGAUAUUAGCAGGUUUUAUUAAUUCAUUUACUUAUUUCAUGUUCUACCUCUGCCUCUGGUUUGUCUGUCAGUGACUCAAAUGGUGCUUAUGGUUAAUUCUAAGCAUUCGUUUUAUGAAACAAUGAAAUAUCAGUGUGAAGCAAUUCAGAUGACCGCUCUAAGAUGGGGAACUGAAAAAAAAUCAGCAAUAUGACGGUUUCUAUUCUUUUGUCAACCCCUUAAAUGUGAAUUCAUUGGUAGAUGUGUUUAAAUCCAUUCAUGGCGGGACAGAUUUGUCUGUGAUUUAUUCAUGGUAAAGUACUUAUCUCCAAUGAUAUGGUGAGAAGAUGGGUUGCUUUGCUGGGCUGUGAGAGGGCACUAAUGUGUGCUUAUAUGAGAAAUGUUCACUCUAUAGGUUUCUUGAGUUGUCUUGAGUCCUUUGUAUUAUUUUAUAGAUUAUUCCGAUCUGAGUUUAAAUGCUUUAGAUGGUUUUCGAAAGAACUUACAAACUUAAAUUGCAAACUGUAUUCCAACCACUUACACUAACCCUGCCCCUAAACUUACCCACAGAAAACUUCCUGCAUUUUUACAUUUUCAUAAAAAAAAUUAAAAAAAUAAAAAUAAAUAAAUAAAUAAUUCUGUAUGAUUUAUAAACUUGUGUAACCAUUGGGACCUCAAUUUAGGUCCCCACAGUGAUACAAGUCCCCACAUGAGUCUGUGUGCAUUUAAAAAAAAAAAAAAAAAAAAAAAAAAAAAAAACAUGUACACACACACACACACACACACACACAAAUAUCUUGGAUUUUGUUGUUUUAAGGGGACAUUCCUACUUUUUUUGAAAACUAUAGUCUAACCCUUAACUUUAGGCCUACAUAAUAUAGGCUAUAUAGUCAAAUAUUCGGUUCAAUAAAAUUAAUUAAAAAUCUGCUCAUUAUCUGAUAAAAUCACAUUGUUGAAAUAAAAUCUCUGGGUACAAAUGAAAUUAAAAGUCACAAAGCUAAAGGUAGCCUACAAUUGUCUGUGCACAGUUUAAUACACGGUGUGAUUUAACUUGAUCAGGUAGGAGAUAAAAAACGCAUUAGUGUUGCGCUUCUUUCAUUAAAACACUGGAGUGAUGUAAGCCCGUCCCCCUUCAAGAGUAAACCCGAUUAUUUGCCCUGCGUAUAGAGAGCGAGAGAGAGAGAGAGGGAGAGAGAGAGAGAGAGAGAGAGAGAGAGACGGGCGCGCGCGGAGCUCAACAUCAUCAGUCGCAAUAACGGCUUAAUCAUUCCUCACCGUGGACGACCGACACCAACCUCAGCAUCUGAAAAGCUUUAUUAGACACAAGAAAAGAAACACGCAUUUAGAAAACGACACGUUUCCCAAGUGCUGCUGGUGAUUUUUGCUGGAUUUUAAGUGUGAAGCACCAGUCUACCCGGCGGCUCAACACCUUCCCUCAAACGCAGGACAAACUUCACCGGCCAUGAAGUACAGCUACUGGAAUCUUUGAAGUGAGCGGAGGAAGUCAAGAGAAGAAAGCCUGGUUUAAAGAAAUCGCAAGCAAAAACAGAGGGACAAAAGAAUAAAGUUCAUUGGUGAUAGAGAGAGACGAAAAGACGGGGACAAUGGGGAGGAAAAAGAUUCAGAUCACACGGAUUAUGGAUGAACGUAACAGACAGGUGACAUUUACGAAGAGAAAGUUUGGCCUGAUGAAGAAAGCCUAUGAGCUGAGCGUGUUGUGUGACUGUGAGAUUGCCCUAAUCAUCUUCAACAGUACCAACAAGCUGUUCCAGUACGCCAGCACAGAUAUGGACAAAGUGUUGCUCAAAUACACUGAGUACAAUGAACCACAUGAGAGCAGGACCAACUCCGACAUUGUGGAGACCCUGAGAAAGAAGGGUCUAAAUGGCUGUGACAGUCCUGACCCCGACGCAGACGACUCGGCAUUGAGCAAGAAGGAGAACAAAGGCGGCGAGAGCCUGGAGCUCGAGUCUGCUCUCGCUCUUACUCCGCGCACGGAGGAGAAAUACAAACAGAUUAAUGAAGAGUUUGAUCUAAUGAUCAAGACUCAGAAGAUAUCUGCGGUGCCCUCUUCCACCUACGAGAUGCCCAUCCCAGUGAAUAACCAGAUCUACCCAGGCAAUCAUAACCUGCUUCCACUGGCCCACCACAGCCUGCAGAGGAACAGCAUGUCUCCUGGGGUCACACACAGACCACCUAGUGCAGGUGGUCUGAUGGGCACUGAUCUCUCCACUGGCGCGGGCACCAGUGCUGGAAAUGGCUAUGGAAACCACCGUAACUCUCCAGGACUUCUGGUGUCCUCCGGAGGAAUGAACAAGAGCAUGCAGGCCAAGUCCCCUCCACCGGUGAACCUGGGCAUGAACAGCCGUAAGCCUGACCUACGAGUGCUCAUCCCACCCGGGGCAAAGAACAACAUGCCCUCCAUCAACCAGAGAAUAAACAACUCUCAGUCUGCACAGUCACUGGCGACCCCAGUGGUUUCUGUAGCGACGCCCACUCUACCGGGACAGGGAAUGGGCGGUUACCCAUCAGCCAUUUCCACCUCAUAUGGUACUGAAUAUUCUCUGAGCAGUGCAGAUCUGUCCUCUAUAUCUGGCUUCAACAGUGCCAACACUCUGCAUCUGGGCUCAAUGAGCGGAUGGCAGCAACAUCAGAUUCAGAACAUGCAGCACUCUGCUCUCAGUCAGCUGGGAAAUUGCUCUAGCUCUCACUUAUGUCAGGGUUCAAAUCUCUCCCUGCCUUCUACUCAAAGCCUGCACAUCAAGUCCGAACCUGUUUCUCCUCCUAGAGAUCGAUCCAGCAGCACCACACCAGGAGGCUAUGGCCAGCUACCGUCUCACCAGCAGCACCAGGGCCCGCUCACACAGGGGCGCCAGGACUCGGGACGCUCCCCGGCCGACAGCCUCAGUAGCUGCGGCAGCUCGCACGAGGGCAGCGACCGCGACGAUCACCGUCCCGACUUCCAUUCGCCCUUAGGAUUGGGCCGGCCUGGCCUGGACGAGCAAGACAGCCCAUCCAUCAAGCGCGUCCGCCUCUCAGAGGGGUGGGCCACAUGAUAAGCGAUGCCCCCCCCUUGGACAGCCCAAUCCUCGAUCCUGACCUCCCCGCGCGAUGCCACGUGGUUCCACGGCGCCUCACUCGUUCUCGCUUUCUCUCUGCCGUUUUUGACAAGUCACAAUCAUUACUCUCCCCUUGUUCUCUGGUUUGCUGAGGAGAGGGGAGGAAGUGCUCUCGAAAUGACCUGUAACAUUUGUUUUUUAACUUUUAUUAUUUCAUCAGAGUGUGUCUGAUAUGCGUAUUGUUGUGAUUGACGGGUUUUCAGGGAGGGAAACAAGGAAGGAGGACUAGCACAAACCGGGUCGGGGAGGGUUUAGUGGGCGGGCUACUAUGCAUUACUUGUGCUGUGUGUGGAAUACAAUGUAAAGAAUUACCACACAUGCAUAUAUAUUUACACGUUGUGUAGGUGUACAUGUAUGCAGAGUAAGAAACCAACAAAAAGUGUCAGGUACUCUUGGAUCUUUUUUUUUUUUCUUUUGUAAAAUACUUGCCUCAGUGAUGUUCAGCCACAAGAGGAGCACAGCAGAGAGGUGACAGCUUAGCACUUGAGUUGAUGUACCAGUACAAUAUGUACAGAUUCCUUUUUUUUUUUCUUUUUUUUUUUUUCUUUUAGUGCCACUCUAUUCAGAGGGCCACUUCGCUAAAUGUAUGUUAUGGGUGACAAUGUCAUGUUGCAGGUUCAACGUAUUGUACAUAGAGACAAGGCUGGGACACGGGGGAAGGGUCAAGGUUGGUCAUUAUUGCUGUUUUCACACAAACAAAACUGUUAUGCAAGAAUUUCGAAGGAUUGUACAGAUAUAUGUGCAGGUUCCUUGGUUAAGUUAUGGGGGAGUGGGUAUUUCAGGAAACUAAAACUCUCCUGCUGAAUGAAAGGAAAUGGCAGGACAGAGUGGCAUCGCCGAGAUGAAGGACUUUAAAUUAAGAGCCAUGUUACUUCAGUCUGAUGACAUUUAAACCUAGGACUUGCAGUUGUUGUUCAGUAUUAAAAGAGGAAAAAGAGAAAAAAAAAUGUAUGAUACACUUGCUUCUAUUUUCAUAUCAAAAAGGAAUACAAUGCAAAGCAUUUUUGUGGCUUUUUGUAGUUUAUAAGAGCCAGAAUGUGUUUUGAUAGCUUUGCUUAUACGAGAAAUGAUAGUAAAAGAACGAGAAACCUUGGGCUUUUCAACCAUAAGCCAUGAAAUCUGAGACAGUGAAUCCUUGCUUUGCUCAAUGUUUUUUUUUCUCUCUCUCUCUCUCUCUUUCUCUCUCUCUCUCUGUCUCUCUUUGUAGAAGUUUUGUUUUUAAACGUGUAUUUCUAAGUAUAUUGAAUAAUAAUAUUAAGAAUCUUUUUAAAGAAUCUGUGAAAUUAACAUGCUUGUGUAUAGCUUUCUAAUAUAUGAAUAUAUAUGAUGAAAAAAAAAUGAUGGUCAUAACUUUGUUUUCCCCAUUACAGGGAAUAUGUGCAGUUGCACACCGUUUUGUUUUCUCUUUCUUCUUCUUUUUUUUUUUUUUUUCCUUCACCGGACUGAGUCUUUCAGGGGCAAAUACAUUCAGAAUGACAUUUUGAAAUUGAAGUCACACUUUUAAACAUAAAUCCCCCACUCCCCACCCCCAUUUUUUUCUGGAAUAUUCACAACCUUUAAAAGUUCCCAGUGUCACGUUAAUCAACAUUGAACUGACGAUUUUAUAAUAUAAGACAGCACGGUCAUAGAUACCUCAUGACUGCUUGUGUAAGCUUGUAUCAUCAUUUAGUGGAUUGUGACUAGUUUUGUUCAAUUGUUAUACAUAUCUAUCAUUGUGCAUUCUGUGAAUUUGACAGGACAUAUGUUAGUCUGUUUUUUCUACCAAAGACAAAAAAAAAAAGUAAUGUUAUGUUUGCCAAUGAAUCCAUUAUCCUUUCUGGGUUUGAGACCAUUGUGUUUAUUCACAAGUUGUUCAUGCUAGUCUGGUACCUCUGACUCACCCUCCCAGUGCCUCAGAUUACCUUUCAAUGAGUUGUCGAGAAUUUGGAACUUUCUCCUCCAACUAACCAGUGUACAGUAUUAUGAAACAAUGCCAUUGUUUGUUAUAUAGAUUUCAACUGUCAAUAUAUGACUCUCCGGUUAUUUUUAUUUAUUUUUUUUCUUUUAAUUUUGGUUGAGCCUCUCUCUCUCUCUCUCUCUCUCUCUCUCUCUCUCUCUCUCUCUCUCUCUCUCUCUCUCUCUCUCUCUCUCUCUCUCUCUCUCUCGUGUUGUUUCCAUUAAGUAUAUAAAUAACAAAAUAAAAAAAUGAAAAAAAAAUAAAAAAUAAAAUGCUGAAAAUUUCCGUAGUAACAAAUGUAGCUUGUAUAAACCUACAAUGGGUAAGGUUGAAAGAAAGUGUCUUUUUGUUUUCUAACCAGGAGAAAGAGGCUUUCAGCGGCACAAGCUGGACUUUGUCGCCACUUGAAGACAAGAUGUCAUUAAAUUAAAACCACAUCUCUGUAUCUCAAGGGACUUGAUUCAGCUGUAUGUAGUAAACAUUAAUGUAUGGAAUAAAAUUUGUUUCUCCUGCUGGGACUUAAAAAAAAGGUAUUUGUAUUUUGAAGAGAAUUCAGUAAAGUUACUGGCUUUCUUAGUUACA